AUGGGGUGCUUUCCAGCCACCCACUUACUUUCAGCCCUUUUCCUCAGGCAGCGGCAAGCCUCCCUCAAAUGCUGUCUGCCUCAUCUGCAUGCUAUGAGGGCACAACAUUUUUUUCCACCAAAAAGCCACCGCCCUCAUCAAAUUUGCCAAGGGAAAGCAACUUGGGCAAAAUGUAGCACAAGUGCGGGUCUUGCCACCCCUGACAACCAGACUAUAUGCAUUAACUGGAACGUCCGAGGCACCGACGCCGCUCCCCAAUGCGCCUCCCUCCACAAAGAUGAAUGCCUCCAUGUCUGCUCCUUUUGCAGCAGCAAGGGCCACCAUGCCCUCUCUUGGACGUGCUGCACUGAAUCUUCUUGA